GGUAAGAGCCUACCAAGUAUGAAUGGUGCAACUAUUGACGAGCAAGAACUACUCACUGUGGUUCCUUCACAACUCAAACGACUUUGUAAAAAGGUCUUGCGAGGGUUCUAUGAGAGUGAACACGUGGCUAUUAUCAAUGUACUAACGAACUCGCAAUAUCCAUGUUUACAAGAAGACGAUUUGAUCCGUUUGCUAGGGUUUGACAAGAAGCAACUUCGCCAAAGUUUGGUACGUUUAAAGAAUGAAAAACUCAUAAAGCAAAGAGUUCACAAGGAAAAGAAUCCAGAAACAGGGACUCUCAUUAGUUUCAACUACUAUUUUAUUAACUACAAGGUGUUUGUUAAUGUUGUUAAAUACAAGCUUGACCACGUAAGGAAGAAGAUCGAAAGCGAAGAAAAGCAAGCCAAAAAUCGCCCGUCUUUUCUGUGUACACAGUGCUCGAAAAAGUAUUCUGAUUUAGAAGUUGAUCGCUUGUUCGAUUUAGAGACUGGUCAGUUAAAAUGCACUCUGUGUGAGGGACUUGUGGAGGAAGAUUCUGCCAUGAUUAAACAAAGUAACACUUCACGAACCAAUUUGGCUCGCUUUAAUGAACAGAUGGAGCCAAUUUUCCAACUUCUGAGAGAAUGUGAACACAUAAAUCUGGCACCAGCCAUUCUUGAGCCAGAACCACAGGCAGCCCAGCUUGCUGGUGGGAGCCAUGUUUCUCGUCCAUCGGGUCACCGUGGGAGUAAACCAUCCUGGGCAAAUGAUACAGUGGGUGGUAAUGAUGUUAGUGGACCAGGUAUCAAGAUAGAUAUCAUGGGAGAGAAAAGCAAUGAAGAUUCAGGAAAUGUGAAACCACGGGCUAAGGAGGCACCAAUAUGGAUUACUCAGAGCACAGUGUUACCGGUUUCAGGUGCUCAAAGUGAGACAGUUACUAAUGAACAAACCCAUCCCAGUGAAUUGCAAAACAGAAAAAGGAUUGGUUCUGGUAAAGAUGAUGAAAUCCUUGCAGAAUUACUGGUGCACGAGUCAAAAAACAAGAAACCACGUGUAGACAUCAAUGAAGCCCUUGGGGAGGGGGGAGAUGAUGAUAGUGACUCUGGAAGUGAUGAAUCAGACUUUGAGACACCUAUUCCAGGACCAGCCACAAAAGAAAGUGAAGUAACAGAAUCGAUGGAGAUUCACUCAGAAAGUGACCAAGAGGAUGAAGAAGUGCAUGAAAUUAAAAUAGGAAACAAAAUGGUGCCAGUGAAUGAUGUGACUGAGGAAAUGUUGAAGCAAAUGACACCAGAGGAACAUGAGGCAUACACCAAAACACUACAGCAUGUUUAUAGUCAGUUAUAUUAGCACUUAUCUAUAGAUGUGUAGACAGAAACAGUUUAUGUUACCCUCAGUAUCACGACUAGGAGGUACAUCUAUGAAUACACAUCUUGCUGGUUGUCAAGCAUUCCUUGUCACAAACUGGCUUUGAGAAUCUAUGAUCUAUUGAACAGUGUCAAACUGUUUCAAUGUUUUCUUUUUUAUGUACUUUUAAGCUCAAGAUACAAUAGAACUACUGGUAUUUGCAACAGCAAGUAAUUGAUAAAUACAAGUGACGAGUUCCUGUGUUGAGUACUCUUUUGCUACUGGGCAUAAAAAAAACCGUGAGAGGGAUCAAAAACUGGUUUGGAUACUUUUUGAUGACAAAGAUUUAUUAGAAAGGAAAAGUACCAAGAGCAUAAAAGCCCAAAGGAUGUUUGUCAACCCAGUAAUUUUUUUUUUUUAAGAAGACAUCAUCUCUUUGUGAGAUCAAACUCCAGCAUACAUGUAGUUAUUAAAUGUUAUUUCAACAACUGAAAAAAGACAGUCGUAUAUAGGGACUGAUAAUAUUUUGUAAUAUGAAUUGUUAAUAUUGCAUAAUCAUUACCUUUACUUAUAUUGAAGGCCAGAAGUUUCUAAGUGUAUAACUAUUAUGUGGUUACCAUCAUUAAAUGAAUGUUAUGACUUAA